GUAAAACAUGAGGUUGCGCCUCUGCAGUCGAAUGAGGUGUCUGUUAUUCGCAGGAAGUGUGUCCGCUUUGAGAUUAAACAGCAUGAAUUCCGGGAGCAAUUCCGUAUGGAACCAAUUUUUCGAAUCAACAUUGAGAACCCAUACAAACUUAUUGACAAGACAAACUGCACAGUAGCUCAAUUGGAAAAUGAGAUGCGCAGGCUGCAAGAAACUGCCAAUCUGUUUGAGGUGAGCUUCCCUGAUUACAAACAGCUCCGCCAAUGCCGUUCUGACAUCAUCCUCCUCAAAGCAGUCUGGGACAUGGUCAUCUUUGUCAAGUCCAGUAUCUUGGACUGGAGGAAGACAUUGUGGAAGGCGAUCAAUGUGGAGCAGAUGGACAUGGAGCUCAGGAGGUUUGCUAAGGAGAUGAAAACUUUAGACAAGGAAGUACGUUUGUGGGACGUCUAUACUGGUCUGGAAUCAACAGUUAAAAACCUGCUGACAUCAUUAAGAGCUGUCAAUGAACUGCAGAACCAGGCGGUCCGGCAGAGACACUGGCAACAGCUCAUGCACACCACUGGGGUAUUGGAAGUGAGCUUUGUAAUGAAUGAAAACACCACUCUGGGGGAUCUGCUUGAGCUUCAGCUCCAUCGUGUGGAGGAUGAGGUGAAGAACAUUGUGGAUAAAGCCGUGAAGGAAAUGGGCAUUGAGAAGAUUCUGGCUGAGAUCAAGCAGACCUGGUCGAUAAUGUCUCUGUCUUAUGAAACUCACACCAACACUGGAACCCCAUUGCUCAAAGCUGAUGAGAACCUGAUCGAGACUCUGGAGGAUAACCAGGUACAGCUGCAGAACAUCCUGAUGAGUAAACAUGUAGAGUAUUUUCUGGUGGAUGUAAGUGGCUGGCAGAGGCGACUAAUGCUGGCAGAUCUGGUAAUUGGCUCAUGGCUGGGUGUACAGCGCACAUGGGCUCACUUACAAAGUAUCUUCACCAACUCAGAGGAUAUCCGCAACCAGCUGGCAAAUGAUGCUGAGCGCUUUAACGGCAUCCACCUUGACUUCCAGGAGUUGAUGGUGAAAGUUGUAGAAACUGCAAAUGUGAUUGAAGUUACAAACCAGCCAGGCUUCUUGGAAAAAAUUGAGACCCUACAACAAAGGUUGUCUGUGUGUGAAAAAGCUUUGGCUGAAUAUCUGGAAACAAAGCGGCUGACGUUUCCACGCUUUUACUUUGUCUCUGCUGCUGACUUACUGGAGAUAGUUUCCAAGGGAACACAGCCCAGACAGGUUACACGACACCUGCUGAAGCUGUUUGAUAACGUGGCUGAUUUGAAGUUCAGAGAUGAGGAAGGGGGUGAGGAAGGAAGGGUGGAGGUGGCAAUGGGGAUGUACAGCAGAGAGGGAGAGUAUGUACCUUUCUCUGAGCCUUGCAUAUGUGAGGGACAGGCUGAGUGUUGGUUAGGUAAGCUGGAGCUCUCCAUGCGUUCCACAGUGAGACAGGAGAUCUCUGAAGCUGUAGCAGCAUAUGAGGAUAAAUCACGUGAUCAGUGGCUCUUUGACUAUCCUGCACAGGUGGCUCUAACAGGUAGUCAGAUCUGGUGGGCGACAGAUGUCGGGAUUGCAUUUGAGCGGGUGGAGGAGGGAUUUGAGACUGCACUCAAAGACUACAAUAAAAAACAGGUCCUGCAGCUAAACUCUCUAAUAAACAUGCUGCUAGGUGAGCUGAGUCCUGGUGAUCGUCAGAAGAUCAUGACUCUAUGCACCAUUGACGUUCAUGCAAGAGAUGUGGUGGCCAAACUGAUCUCGCAGAAGGUGAUAAAUGGGCAGGCGUUUGCAUGGUUGUCUCAGUUACGGCACCGCUGGGAUGAACAGCAGAAACACUGCUACGUCAACAUUUGUGAUGCCCAGUUUCAGUUCUCUUAUGAAUAUUUGGGCAACACCAACCGGCUGGUCAUUACACCACUAACUGACCGAUGUUACAUUACUCUGACUCAGUCUCUUCAUCUGACCAUGAGUGGCGCCCCCGCUGGUCCUGCUGGGACCGGCAAGACCGAGACUACCAAAGACCUGGGUCGCUCGCUUGGCAUUAUGGUCUACGUAUUUAACUGCUCAGAACAGAUGGACUACAAAUCUAUAGGAAAUAUCUAUAAGGGUCUGGCUCAGACAGGAGUGUGGGGCUGCUUUGAUGAGUUUAACAGGAUCUCUGUGGAGGUUUUGUCUGUAGUUGCUGUGCAGGUUAAAACUAUUCAAGAUGCCAUUCGCAACAAGAAACACAGGUUUUACUUUCUGGGUGAGGAGAUUGAGCUGAAGCCAACUGUGGGAAUCUUCAUUACUCUGAAUCCAGGAUAUGCAGGGAGAGCAGAACUGCCUGAGAACCUUAAAGCUCUCUUUAGGCCAUGUGCCAUGGUGAUUCCUGACUUUGAGUUAAUCUGUGAAAUCAUGCUGGUGGCUGAGGGUUUCAUAGAUGCUCGUCUGCUAGCUCGCAAGUUUAUCAGUUUGUACACGCUUUGCAAAGAACUGCUUUCCAAACAGGAUCACUAUGACUGGGGCCUCCGAGCAAUAAAGUCGGUGCUGGUGGUUGCCGGGUCACUGAAAAGACAAGAGAGGAGUCGUCCAGAGGAACAGGUGCUGAUGAGGGCCUUAAGAGAUUUUAACCUACCAAAGAUUGUAACAAGUGACGUGCCAAUAUUCCUGGGUUUGAUCAGUGAUUUGUUUCCGCUGUUGGACAUUCCACGUAAGAGAGACCAACAGCUGGAGCAGCAUGUUCGUCAGGCAAUCAGCGAGCUACGACUGCAGCCAGAAGAAAACUUCAUCCUAAAGGUGACUCAGUUAGAGGAUCUGCUGGCAGUGAGGCAUUCUGUAUUUGUGGUUGGUGGAGCUGGAAGUGGAAAAAGCCAGAUUUUGAAGACAUUACAUAGAACCUACUCCAACAUGAAACUGAAACCUGUGUGGAGUGAUAUGAACCCUAAAGCAGUGACCACGGACGAGCUGUUUGGAUUUCUGCAUCCUGCCACACGAGAGUGGAAGGAUGGUCUUUUCUCCUCCACUAUGAGAGAACUAUCUGCUUUAUCCCAUGAUGGUCCUAAGUGGAUUGUGCUGGAUGGUGACAUUGAUCCAAUGUGGAUAGAAUCUCUUAACACAGUUAUGGAUGACAACAAGGUGCUGACUCUGGCCAGUAAUGAGCGCAUCUCUCUUACAUCCUCCAUGCGUCUGCUGUUUGAAAUCAGUCACCUGAAGGCUGCAACUCCAGCAACAGUAUCCAGAGCAGGCAUUCUUUAUGUUAACCCACAGGAUCUAGGCUGGAACUCCUAUGUUACAAGUUGGAUUGAUAGUCGUCAGGCCCAAUCAGAACGAGCCAAUCUGACCAUCCUUUUUGACAAAUACGUGCCCUACUGUUUAGAGCAGGUCAGGUGUAACCUGAAGACCAUUACACCUAUACCUGAGACCAGCAUGGUGCAGACACUGUGUUGCUUUCUGGACUGCUUAUUAACUGAUGAAAACACACCUGCUGACUCUCCUCGUGAACUCUAUGAGAUCUACUUUGUGUUUGCCUGUGUUUGGGCUUUUGGGGGUGCGCUCUUUCAGGAUCAUUUAAGAGACUACCGUGGUGAGUUUAGUCGCUGGUGGAAUAAGGAAAUGCGGGCAGUGAAGUUUCCCUCCCAGGGAACUGUGUUUGAUUAUUACAUUGACCCCAACACAAAGAAAUUCACUCCUUGGAGCGAACGCACUCCUCUAUUUGAGCUGGAGCCUGAUGCCCCACUGCAGACUGUGAUGGUUCACUCGGCGGAGACCAUCUGUCUGUCAUAUUUUGUCGAGCUGCUUUUGGAAAAAGGCAAGCCAGUGAUGCUGGUUGGAAACGCAGGGGUAGGCAAGACCAUCCUGGUCUGGGACACCAUCUCUAAACACAGAGAGGACUAUAUGGUCGUCAAAGUGCCCUUUAAUUACUAUACCACAUCAGCUAUGCUGCAGCGUGUACUGGAGAAACCUCUAGAAAAAAGGGCAGGACGUAACUUUGCUCCUCCUGGCACUAAAAAGCUGAUCUAUUUUGUUGAUGAUCUGAAUAUGCCGGAGGUGGAUGCAUACGGAACAGUCCAACCACACACACUCAUCAGACAACAUCUUGACUACUCACAUUGGUAUGAUCGUCAGAGACUGGUGCUGAAGGAGAUUCACAACUGUCAGUACAUCACUUGCAUGAAUCCAACAGCUGGAAGCUUCUCUGUUAACCCUCGGCUACAGAGGCAUUUCUCAGUGUUUGCAGUGCACUUUCCGGGUGCUGAGGCUUUAAACACGAUCUACAGCAGUAUACUGAGUGGUCACUUCCAGCAGGGAGGGUAUAGCUAUGGGGUGAGCCGCUCGGUGGGGGCGCUCGUCCAAGCCACCAUCUGUCUUCACCAGAAAAUGACCCAAAACUUCCUGCCCACUGCCAUCCGUUUCCACUACAUCUUCAACCUGAGAGACAUCUCUAACAUCUUCCAGGGGAUUGUGUUUGCUCAGCCGGAGAGUGUGAGGUAUCCGAUAGAGCUGGUGUAUCUCUGGUUGCAUGAGUGUUCUCGUGUGUAUGCUGAUAAACUGAUGGAGGAGAAAGAUGUGGAGCUCUUCAGUAAAAUCCUACUUGACACUGGAAAGAGAUACUUUGAGGGUAUAGAUGAGUCAAUCUUAAUCAACCAGCCUCUGAUCUAUUCACACUUUGCUCAUGGGAUAGGAGAACCACGAUACUCUCAGGUCAGUGACUGGGAGAAACUACAGAAAACUCUGAGUGAUGCACUGGAACAUUACAAUGAACUGCACGCCAACAUGAACCUUGUGUUUUUUGAGGAGGCCAUGCAACACAUCUGCAGGAUUAGUCGUAUUCUGGAGGCUCCGAUGGGAAAUGCUCUGCUCAUUGGGGUUGGCGGUAGUGGGAAACAGAGUCUGUGUCGACUGGCUGCCUUCCUUAGCAUGCUCGAGGUCUUUCAAAUCACUCUGCGAAAAGGCUAUGGCAUCAGUGACCUAAGGAGUGAUAUAGCUGCUCUGUACAUUAAAGUGGGAAUGAAGAACAUUGGUACAGUUUUCCUGCACACAGACGCCCAGAUUCCUGAUGAACGAUUCCUAGUGCUGAUUAAUGACAUGCUAGCAUCUGGGGACAUUCCGGACCUGUUCACUGAGGAGGAGGUGGAUAUGAUUGUGGCUUCGAUCCGUCUAGAGCUGCGAGGUCUCGGCCUGCUAGACACCAGAGAAAACUGCUGGAACUUUUUCAUUGAUCGCAUACGCAGGCAGCUAAAAGUGGUGCUGUGUUUCUCACCUGUGGGUUUCACUCUACGCACCAGGGCCCGCAAGUUUCCAGCUCUUGUAAACUGCACAGCCAUAGACUGGUUUCAUCCCUGGCCCCAGCAUGCUCUACAAUCUGUCAGUAAAACCUUUAUAAGUAACAUCCAGGACAUACAGCCUGAUGUGAAGGCUUCCAUUAGUGAGUUUAUCUCAUAUGCACAUACAAGCGUUAAUGAGGUGAGUGUAAAGUACCAACAGAAUGAGAAGCAUUUCAACUACACCACACCCAAAAGCUUCCUGGAGUUCAUGAAGCUUUAUGGGAAUUUACUGGCAACAAAAAGGAGGGAGCUUAUACAGAAGAUGGAAAGGUUGGAGAACGGUCUGCAGAAACUGCUCAGCACUGCCUCCCAGGUGGAGGAUCUGAAGGCCAAGCUAGCUUUGCAGGAGGUGGAGCUGCAUCAAAGGAACAGUGAUACUGAGGCCCUUAUUGCUAAAAUCGGCCAGCAGACUGAGAAGCUUAACGUAGAGAAGAGUGUUGCUGAUGCAGAGGAACAAAAAGUUGCAGCGAUCCAGGCUGAAGUAACGAAGCAGCAGCAGGAAAACGAGGAAGACCUGGCUAAAGCUGAACCAGCUCUGCAGGCGGCCAAUGCUGCUCUUAAUACUCUCAAUAGGCUAAAUCUGACAGAGCUACGCACCUUCCCGAACCCACCUGUGAUCGUGACCAAUGUGUUAGCAGCUGUGCUGGUACUGCUUGCUCAGAAUGGUCGCAUCCCUAAAGACCGCAGCUGGAAAGCUGCUAAAGUCAUGAUGAGCAAAGUGGAUGAUUUUCUGCAGGCACUGAUAAACUUUGAUAAAGAACACAUCCCGGAUGCUACAGUGCGGGUGUUGAAGGAGGAGUACCUGAGCGAUCCAGACUUUAAUCCAGAGUUUGUACGUCUUAAAUCCUCAGCUGCAGCUGGGCUGUGUGCCUGGGUUAUCAACAUCAUACGAUUCCAUGAGGUGUUCUGUGAGGUGGAGAUGAAGCGGAUGUGUCUCUCUCAGGCCAAUGCUGAUCUUAUUGAAGCAGCGGAGAAACUAGAGAUCAUCAGGAAGAAACUCACAGAGCUAGACAGUAGUCUGGACACUUUGACUUCAGCGUUCGAAAAGGCUACCUCUGAAAAACUUCGCUGCCAAGAGGAGGUCAACCGUACCAAUAAAACCAUCCAGCUGGCCAACCGCCUGGUCAAGGGCCUCGAGUCGGAGAAUGUACGCUGGGCACACUCAGUAGCUCAGUACAGGGAGCAGGAAGCCACUCUGUGUGGAGAUGUUCUCCUUACUGCAGCAUUCAUCUCCUAUGCUGGUUCAUUCUCCAAACGAUACAGACACGAGCUGGUGUAUAACCUCUGGAUGCCUUAUUUACGUACACAAAAGGUUCCUAUUCCUAUGACUGAGGGACUUGAUCCCACUUCCAUGCUAACAGAUGAUGCCACAGUGGCUAAGUGGAACAAUGAGGGUUUACCUGGUGAUAGGAUGUCUACUCAAAAUGCUACCAUCCUGCUAAACUGUGAGCGUUGGCCCCUUCUUAUCGACCCCCAGCUGCAAGGAAUAAAAUGGCUUAAGAGUCGCUAUGGAAGCAGCCUUCAAGUCAUCAACCUAGGGCAAAAAGGAUACGUUGAUGUGAUUGAACAGGCAGUAGUAACAGGGCAACCUGUAUUGAUUGAGAAUCUGGCAGAAACGAUUGACCCGGUUAUUGAUCCUCUGCUGGGCCGCAACACCAUCAAAAAGGGCAGGUAUAUAAAGGUGGGGGAUAAGGAGUGUCUGUUCCACCCUGAAUUUCGGCUCAUUCUUCACACUAAGAUGGCCAAUCCUCACUAUAAACCAGAGAUCCAGGCUCAGACCACACUUAUUAACUUUACUGUAACUCGGGAUGGACUGGAGGAUCAGCUGCUGGCUGAGGUCGUCAACCUGGAGAGACCAGAUCUUGAACAGUUCAAGUCUGAGUUGACUAAGCAGCAGAACACGUUUAAGAUUGAACUAAAGCAGCUGGAGGACGAAUUGCUGACCCGACUCUCAGCUGCUGAGAGUAACUUUCUGGGUGACAACAUGCUGGUGGAGAAAUUGGAGUCCACCAAACACACAGCUGCUGAAAUUGAGAUGAAGGUGUUGGAGGCAAAGGUAAAUGAGGUAAAGAUAAAUGAAGCGCGUGAGCACUACAGGCCAGUGGCAGUGCGAGCAUCCCUUCUCUACUUCAUCAUCAAUGACCUAAACAAGAUCAACCCCAUGUACCAGUUCUCCCUCAAGGCGUUUAAUGUGGUGUUCCGUAAAGCAGUGCAGAACGCUGAGGUGACUGCUGAUGUUAAGAAACGUGUUAGCAUUCUCAUUGACUCCAUCACCUUCUCCACCUUCAACUACAUCAACAGAGGCUUGUUUGAGAGAGACAAACUCACCUUCACAGCUCAGCUGACCUUUCAGUUGUUAUUAAUGAAUAAAGAAAUUGAUAUGCGAGAGCUGGAUUUCCUCUUGCGUUUCAAUAUCGACCACAGUUACAUCAGCCCUGUCGACUUCUUGUCCAACUCUGCCUGGAGUGCAAUCAAGACAAUGAGUUUUACUGAUGAGUUCCGAGGAUUAGACCGGGACAUUGAGGGUUCUCCUAAACGCUGGAAGAAGGUGGUGGAGUCUGAGUGUCCUGAGAAAGAGAAGCUCCCUCAGGAGUGGAAGACCAAGAGCUCAUUGCAAAAACUCAUCCUGAUGAGGGCUAUCCGGCCCGACCGCAUGACCUACGCUCUCAGAAACUUUGUGGAGGAGAAACUGGGUGUGCAGUACACAGAGGGAAGAAAGAUGGAAUUUGCCAGGUCAUUUAAAGAGAGUGGUGCUGCCUCUCCUGUUUUCUUCAUACUGUCACCUGGAGUUGACCCACUCAAAGAUGUGGAGUCUUUAGGUAAGAAGUUGGGCUUCACUAUAGACCUGGGCAAGCUGCAUAACGUGUCUCUUGGACAGGGUCAGGAGGCUGUAGCGGAACUAGCAAUGCAGAAAGCUUCUAAAGAAGGCCACUGGGUUAUACUGCAGAACAUCCAUCUGGUUGCAAAGUGGCUGGGAAGUCUGGAAAAACUGUUGGAAAAAUGCUGUGAGAAUAGCCACCUUGACUAUCGAGUGUUUAUGAGUGCAGAGCCAUCAGCUACCUCUCAGGAGCAUAUAAUUCCCCAAGGCAUUUUGGAAAACGCUAUCAAAAUCACUAACGAAUCUCCGACUGGAAUGUUAGCCAACCUGCAUGCAGCGCUGGACAACUUUGACCAGGACAUUCUGGACCAGUGCUCCAGAGAGCAGGAGUUUAAGACCAUCCUGUUCUCGCUGUGUUAUUUUCAUGCCUGUGUAGCUGAGAGAAGAAAGUUUGGUCCUCAAGGCUGGAACCGAAAAUAUCCAUUUAACACAGGAGACCUGACUAUCUCUGUCAAUGUUCUUUUUAACUACCUGGAGGCCAACUCACAGGUGCCGUGGGAGGAUCUUCGCUAUCUCUUUGGUGAAAUCAUGUAUGGAGGACACAUCACUGAUGACUGGGACAGAAGACUGUGUAGGACUUACCUAGAAGAGUACAUGCAGCCCAACCAGUUUGACAGGAAGUUGGCUCUUGCUCCAGGCUUUGUUGUUCCCUCUAACCUGGAUUAUGAGGGUUACCACAGCUUUAUAGAUGAGAUGCUUCCUCAUGAGAGCCCGGUGCAUUAUGGUCUUCAUCCCAAUGCUGAAAUCGAGUUUCUGACAGUGACCUCUGAUAACCUGUUUCACACUCUGCUUGAGCUGCAGACCAGAGAUUCGUCCAUGGGAGAGGGAGCAUCACAGAGCACUGAGGAGAAGGUAAAAACAGUGUUGGAUGAUAUACUAGAAAAACUACCAGAGGAAUACAACAUGUCUGAUCUCACAUCUAAAACUGCUGAACGCACACCCUAUAUCCUGGUCUGCUUUCAGGAGUGUGAGCGCAUGAAUAUGCUUGUCAAUGAGAUACGACGUUCACUCAAAGAGCUGGAUUUGGGAUUAAAGGGUGAGUUGGCUAUAUCUUCUGAGAUGGAGCAGCUUCAGACAGCUCUGUUCUUUGAUAAUGUUCCUGACACCUGGACUAGACUGGCCUACCCCUCUACCUACACUCUUGCUCAAUGGUACAAUGAUGUUUUGCUGCGCUGUAGAGAGCUGGAUAGCUGGACUCAGGAUCUCUCUCUACCCAAUGUAGUCUGGCUCUCAGGACUAUUCAACCCACAGUCUUUUCUUACAGCUGUGAUGCAGAGCUUGGCACGUAAGAAUGAGUGGCCACUGGAUAAGAUGACUCUAACAGUGGACGUAACUAAGAAGUUUAAGGAGGAGUUUAACCAGUCGGCAAGAGAGGGAGCGUACAUCUAUGGUCUCUACAUGGAAGGUGCACGCUGGGAUAUCCACAAUGGUACCAUUACAGAGGCAAGGCUGAAGGAGUUAACUCCCUGCAUGCCUGUGAUUGCGGUACGCGCUGUCCCCAACGAUCGCCAGGAGACACGCAACAUCUACGAGUGUCCAGUCUACAAGACCAAACUACGAGCUAAUACAUAUGUGUGGACUUUUAAUCUUAAAACCAGGGAGAGACCUGCCAAGUGGAUACUUGCAGGUGUGGCACUGCUGUUUAGUGUGUGAGGUGGGAAACACUGUGAUUCUGAAGAGGGAAAGUGCCUUUCCUAAUGUGUGUGUUUUGGUUUUCGUAUUUAUUAUACUAAAAAUACUUACUUCUAGACUGUUUGAUUGUAUUUUUUAGAUUACAGAUUUCACAUAUAGAACAGUAGCAUGUUUUAAUGUCCACAAAUUUGAAUGUCCAGAAAUUUACUACAAAUAUUAAAGAAAAAUAUUGAGAUUAUUAUUUAUAAUAUUAAAAAUAAUUAUUUAUACAAGGGGUUUCAUGCGCCACAUAACCCUGUCAACUUAGUGUUAUAAUUUUUACUCAUCUGCAAUGAUAAAUUGCCAGAACCUUUUAGCAGACUAUCAGUAUGGUGAAGUAGUCCACAGAACACCACUAAAUAAGCUUUUGAAACAAUUUUUAGAUCCAAUCAUUGAGCACAAAUCUGGAAAAGGAUACAAGACCUACAGGCACUGAACAUACCUUGGAAAGGUGCUAUUUAAAAGAGCUCCUGUAACAUUAACUGUCACUCUGACCAAUUUGCAGAAGUCACUUGUUAUGACUAAAGCCCAUAUUCAAGAAUCAACUACAUCCAAGCUGCAACACAUAAAUAUAUUUUACUGUAAUAAAUCUCAAUAAGUCUCAAGUAGGACACCCCAAGCAAGAAAAUCUUUAAACAGUCAUUUGCAGAACUCCUAAAGUGCUAGAACAUCUUUUGUUUGAUGAGACUGAAGUGAAACUCUUCUUAUCAUUAAUUUUGUACUAUUCAUUCUAAGCUGUAUUUAAGGCAUAAAUCACUAUAAUAAAACCGCAUGUAACACCAUUGCUACUGUGAAACAGAUGCUUAUAAUUUGUGAUACAAUAAAGUGGAUUUAGCCUUUAUAGCCUUCCUGGGCCAACAGCUGUAUUUUAUUCACAGACUGUGGAUUCAUAUCUAAAUAAAGGGUAGGACACAUUUCAA